AUGAUUUCAACAAAUGAAUUAUCUUCUUUACCUGAUCAACAACUACAAAUAUCUCGAAAAAUUAAAUUUUCCAUUUGGAAUACAUUUAAACAUCAUAUUCCACAUUUUCUCAUAACUAUUCUUGUUGAUAUUAUUCUUCCACUUGUUAUUUAUUUUCUUCUACAAAAAUAUAUUAAACCUGUUUAUGCACUAUUAGCUGCAGGUACGCCACCAUUAUUUAUGGUUAUUUUCAAAGCAAUAUGGUGUUGUACAUUUGAUGCUCUUGGUUUUAUUGUCUUUGUUACUUUUGCUAUUUCAGCUGUUGUAGCUAUUAUUACACAUAAUGCAAUUAUACUUCUAUUAGAAAAAUCUCUUGUUACUUUUAUUCUUUCAAUUAUUUUUGCUGUAACAUUAAUUCCAGUUCAUUGUUGUCAUCAUCGUUGUCGUUUACGUCCACUUGCUUAUUAUAUGUAUCUAGAUUUAGUUCCAACAAAUCGAGAUGAACUUGGAUUAUCUGAAAAUAUAUUUAGUGAUGAACAAAUACAAAUCAAUAGUCAAUAUUCAGAACUUCAAGAAGAAGUUUCAAUAAAACAAUUAUCAAAUAAACAAGAAGUAGCACAAGUAUAUGAAUGGAUAUAUAAAAAUUGUUCAUCAUUUCGUAUGUCAUGUUAUAUGAUAACAAGUAUUUGGGCAGUGGGAUUUCUUUUAGAAUUUCUUGCUCGAUUAUUUCUUAUUCUUAUUCAUUUACCAAUUAAUAAGAUUGUUCUUUAUGCACAUAUAAUACUAAGUUCAAUAACAGUUUUAUGUAUCAUAUCAACAAUUAUAUGUAUUGUAAUUGAACGAAGAAAAACAUUAUUACUUAUUGAAAGAUGGAAUAUACAAGGAAAAGAGAAGAAACUAUCAGAAAUAUCUACAUUAUUUGCUACAGUCAAAUACCAUUCAAAUCCUGUUCUAUAUAUUGAUACAUAA